AUGGCAUCUCUCGCCAAAUACACCCACGUAUCCUCCACAGCUGUGAGCAACAACGUUGGGGACUCACAGGAAAAGCACCGAUCGAGAAGUAUACCGCAACCUUCUGCGGGACUGCGUGUUCCCUCCAACAAGAAGACAAUCUAUGAUCGAAAUCUCAACCGAAGUCGUAAUGCGGAACUCAGCAAAGCAAGCUUUGCGUACCUCUUUUCUGAGAUGGUCGUAUAUGCUCAGAGACGGGUGACUGGAAUACAGGACUUAGAGCGACGACUUAACGAACAGGGCUACCCCUUAGGCCUCCGCCUUCUCGAUCUUCUUCUCUACCGAUCUCUCCCCGGGUCCUCCUCAUCUAGCGGUCUCACAUCCUCUUCCUCCUCAUCGGGUACCCAACCCAACCGACCCCUCCGCAUCCUCCCACUCCUCCAGCUAAUACACGGCCCUCUUUGGCGCCUCCUAUUCUCCCGUCCAGCAGAUGCGCUUGAACACUCCGUUGCCGCUGCUACACCCAAUGAAUACAUGAUUACUGACAAUGAUCCGCUGGUCAAUUCCUACAUAUCCGUCCCGCGGGAGAUGAACCAACUGAAUUGUGCGGCGUACGUGGCUGGAAUUAUCGAAGGGGUGUGUGACGGGUGUGGGUUUGAGGCAAAAGUGACUGCUCACAAUCAGGCUAGUGAGAUGUGGCCCGGGCGGACAGUGUUUCUAGUUCGAUUUGGUGAGAGUGUUAUGGAAAGGGAGAAGAUGUUGGAGAGAGUAGGGGUAAAGUAA